UUGAAUGGGAAGAGGAAGCGAUCUGACUGCUAGCUCGUUAGCUAGGAAGUGGCUAACCUCGCUACAGAACACAAACAAGUUAAAGUUAAACAGCGAAACGACGGCGCUAGCUUGACUCGCUUGUUUCCAUCUCCUGUCGACAUGACGGCUCGAGCCCGAGUCGCACUCAGGACAUGAUUCUGAAUUAAACAUCUGUCCGGAAAGGCAGGAUUCAGUUGGAUGAGGUCGCCCCUACAGCUGUCAGGAUGCAGCAGAAGAGAAACAUCCAGAUCAUCGAGUGGGAGGACCUCGACAAGAGGAAGUUCUACUCUUUCGGGGUGUUCAUGACGAUGACCAUCCGUGCCACGGUCUACCCAGCAACACUCAUCCGCACACGGUUGCAGGUGCAGAGGGGCACGUCACUCUAUGCCGGCACUUUUGACGCCUUCUUCAAGAUCCUGCGGGCAGAGGGCGUACGGGGCCUCUACCGUGGCUUCAUGGUCAACUCCUUCACACUCAUCUCAGGGCAGGCUUACAUAACCACCUACGAACUGGUGAGAAGGCAUGUCUCCCAGUAUACAGAGGACAACACCAUGAAGUCGCUGGUGGCCGGCGGCUCGGCUUCGCUCAUUGCUCAGAGCAUCACCGUUCCAAUAGAUGUGGUCUCUCAGCAGCUGAUGAUGCAGGGCCAGGGGGCGCACCUCUCCCGCUUUCAACUCAACACCCACACAGAGGCUGGAAAGCGAAAAGUACUGUUCGGCCAAACCAGGAGCAUUAUGAGUCAGAUUUAUGCUGCUGAUGGUUGCCGGGGCUUCUACAGAGGAUACGCUGCUUCUUUAAUCACUUACAUCCCAAACAGUGCGGUCUGGUGGCCUUUCUAUCAUUUUUAUGCUGAGCAACUCUCCAAACUGGCUCCCAGUGACUGUCCUCAUCUGGUUCUACAAGGCAUCGCUGGACCUCUCGCUGCUGCCACUGCCUCCACCGUCACCAACCCAAUGGAUGUGGUUCGAGCCAGAGUUCAGGUCGAAGGCCGGUCUUCAGUCAUUGAGACGUUCAGACAGCUGAUCAGAGAGGAGGGCUGCUGGGGUUUGACCAAAGGACUGUCGGCUCGCAUCAUUUCAUCCACACCCACUGCCAUCGUCAUGGUGGUCGGCUACGAGACUCUGAAGAAAAUGAGUUUGCGACCGGAGCUUGUGGACUCUAGACACUGGUAAAACACACCUGGACAGACGGUGUAUGUACCAUGUGACAUUUUCGCCCCCAGCCCCAAAGUGGACUUCCUGUGAAAGCAUUGGGUGAAUAAUACAUCUCAGCCUGGGGGGGGGGAGAAAUGAGAUCAGACCAAUGAAAACAUGCAAACCAUGUGUUUAACUCAGUAUCUGACCUUUCAUACCGACCCAUAAGUUACAGAUUAAAGCAACACUUUGCAACGGUUACAGUGCAACAGCGCCCUCUGCAGCAGCUCGGUGUCCGAGCCAUAAAGUGUUUUUUAAUCUUAAAGAACCCACCACCAAUCUCUUGGAAUUGAUAAGUGGAUAUUACCCAUGACCCCUGGCUUCCUGAACCAGAAGAGCUGCCGCCGUGACCUAUACAACAAACUCUCUUCAUAAUUCUUUGUAUUUUUAAAGUUUCCUGCUGAAUUCUGGAGAUGAACACUGGUUUUUAAUGACUUCUAGCUGAUCUACAGUUCAGCUUUACUCCUCAACUUGCUGGACCGGAUUUGAGGCUGCCACUCUCAGUCAGUUCCACACGUCUCACAGGAGAUCGUACCGACUCACCAGAGGUACAAAGAGAAAGAAGAGACGUUCAGUGUGAGGAGUGGGAAUGACAGAGGAAACCUCUCUUUUCCAAGACAUUGAACAAAACAACUUAUUUUAACGCUGCUGUUUAUGGUAAAAAAAAGUUGCAUAGUGUUGCUUUAAAUAUUUUGCCUUUUUAUUGUUCACGCACAGGUUUGCAGUUGUCGCUGCUUAAACAGGGUGGAAAACUGCAUCAUCAUUCUGACAAAUUGAAGCCACUGUUAUAGAAUUAGUUUUUGUUUUUUGGCAACGCACACUGCAUCUGUGUGUCUGCAUCUUUGCUUAGCAGAGAAGUGGAACUGAAAGCUGUGUGCCAUGUGUGAUAGUUUGUGCCGUCUUACCAAAGUCGAGCAAAGCUGGGCUCACAUUAAAAACCGGGCUUUGAUCGGGGUUUGGAGAAACGUUGGUGCAAACAAACUUGUGUUUUUGUUUCCUACCAUUUAUCAAACUGGCGUGUGUCUGAUAUAUGGUUUCUUUCUCCUGGCCUUUUUCUAGUCGCUGCCUUCAUAGUGUGAAAUCACUAACAGCAAUGUGAGUUUUGUUUUUAACUGCUGAAUGAGCAUGAGAAGACUGGUGUUAGGUAUUACAAUCAGCCAAAGGGCAGAUACUAUGUUUUAUUUGUCCUGCAGGUCAAAACAAAUCACUCGACAAGUUCCACACACACCACAAGACGCACAGUAACACAUUUUAUCAGCUCUUCUGUAACACACUGUUUUGUCUGUGGUAUUGACGAUGCAGAAAAUGGCUGGUUCGGUGUAAUGGUAACCACCGGGUAUCUCUGCCAGUGUAAAACCUGUGAGCAGAAAUGAUAGUUUCAUCUGGUGUGACGGUAAAUGUUUGAGUGCAAUAAAUGUUUUCUCCUUCUCAGAAAAAUGUGAUUGUAUAUUUCCUGUAAAUCAUGUGAAUAACACGUCUUCUUUAAAAUGCAUUUUAACUAAUUUAUCUUUUGUUUUUCCAGGGGGGGGGGGGGGGGGGGGUUUGAACACUAUCGUGUUUGAUCUUCAAAAUGUCACAUUUCAUAUUAGUUUUUCUUUUGUGGAACAUGAGUAACGCUGUUCAUUGUGUCUCAAACAGUGUGUUGCUUAAAAAGAAAAACUGCUUAAGUGGCUUUUGGAGGCACGUCAUUAAUUUUAAAAAUAAAGGAAAACAACCCAUUUUAUUUUAAGAUUUAGCGAGAUGUGGGCACUGUUUUGGACAUAUACAAAAUAUAUAUAUAUAUAUACAUGUAGUGAUUGACACGUAACAUUAAAUGUUUCAGAAAAACAGAAAGAUACAAGGAUGUUUUACUCCGGUGGAAAAGUCCCAAAUCCCAAAGUUGUAUAUGAAGCCAUAAUGUUUUUGAAAUUAUACAGACAUUUCUCAGGCCAUACCAAGAUGUGUUGGAAUCAUUAAAGUUCUACCUGAACACUUUAUAGACUCACCUGCAGUUUUAACUUCUAGUUUUCACAAGAUCACCUUAUCUUCAUUAUUUAAAAAACAAAACAAAAAAAGACCAUGUGAGAAUCAGAGUUUCAAACAGCUCGACAGUGAUUCCUCCUCUGACGAGUCAGAACUCCACUAUUGUGUACAGAAUACAUGUAGUUUCACAUUGUGUGUUGUCUCAGUGUAUUUUCAUUCAACAUCUGUUUGUUCAAUAAAACUUCACAGCUGCUCUUGAA